AUGGAUAAUGUUUCUGUUGUAAGAAUCUUCACUCUCACUGGGUUAAAUGAGACAAUGGACCACAGAACUGCUAUAUUCUCGCUUACUUUGGUGUAUUACUGUGUGGUUUUAUUUCUAAACAUCUCCCUCAUUGUCAUUAUUGUUUUGGAUGAAAACUUGCAUGAACCCAUGUAUGUUUUACUUUGCUGUGUUUGCAUUAAUGCAGUUUAUGGCACGACCAGUUUUUACCCUAAAUUGCUGAUAGAUCUGUUGUCGUUUUCUCAGGAAAUGUCAUACAACUGGUGUCUCUUUCAAAUAUUUGUCUUGUACUCCUACGCGUGCUGUGAGCUGUCCAUCCUGGCCCUCAUGGCCUACGACCGGUACCUGGCCAUCUGUCGGCCGUUGCACUACCACACAUUAAUGACCAGGAGGAUGCUCUCUCAGCUGGUGAGUUUCUCCUGGCUGACUCCUUUCUGCAUUGUAUCAAUCAAUAUUUUGGCCACAUCCAGACUGGAGCUAUGCAGGUUUACAAUUAAGAGACUCUUCUGUGUGAACUGGAUCAUUGUUCAGCUCGCCUGCCCCAACAGCAACACCCUCUCAAGUAGCAUAGCUUCAUAUGCAACAAUUUUAAUCUAUGUCUCUCAUGGCUGUUUCAUCAUUUGGACUUACAUGCACCUCGUGCGAACAUGUGCAACCUCCAAAGAAAACAGGGUGAAGUUCAUGCAGACGUGCGUGCCUCAUUUGAUCUCUCUGACCACUUUCCUGACUGUGAUUGUUUUUGAUUUGAUGUACAUACGCUUUGGCUCUGCAGAAAUUCCUCAAAGCCUUCAAAACUUUAUCGCUAUAGAGUUUCUCCUCUUUCCCCCGAUGAUGAACCCUUUGAUAUACGGAUUGAAAUUGACCAAAAUACGAAACAGAAUCCUGAGCAUAAUUUAUGCAACAACACAUUAAGAACAUAUUUUUUCUGUUUAUUUGUUUAGUUUUAUUAUUAAAAUGUUUAUUCUCCAUCAUCAAUUUGUGAUCAAGCUUUGUGUGCAACCCAUGUAGGAUGU